AUGAACCGACUGCUGUGUGGUACUAGUAUUACUAGUCGAGCACCACUCCUAUUCUUGGCCACCGUCACAGCAGCAGCCACAACCAAGAACAAGACGAACAAAACAGAGAAUGAAGCCAACAAAGAAGAAACCUUGAAUGGCCGCACGGGAUUACUCUUUCUGGGGACGGGGUCGUCGACGGGAUGUCCCAAACCACUCUGUACUAUGAUCUUUGGCUUAAACAACAACAAUAAUAACACUACGCCAGCAACACAAAUAGACCCCCAGUUGAAAGCAGAGUUUCACCAUCGCUGUCAAACGUCCAUGGCAGCCAUUCAAGGAGGAGAUCCCAAACACAACAAAAACUAUAGAAACAAUCCAGCCUUGCUUCUGUCACUCUGCAACACUGAUACUGAUACAGACAAUACUACUACUAGUAGUGAUCAGAAAUGCCACAAUAUCCUGAUUGAUGCCGGCAAGACGUUUCGAGAAGCAGCGCUACGAUGGUUUCCCGAACAUCAAAUUCAAACAUUGGAUGCCAUUAUUCUCACGCAUCAUCACAUGGAUGCGGCUGGAGGACUCGACGAUGUCCGAGGAUUUCAAAAACUGACGUACACGAAUAAUCGUCCGAAAAUGACACCCAUGCCACUCUACUUGUCCCACGAUUGUUUGGCGGAUGUGUCUCAACGAUUUCCCUGGUUGUUUCCCAAUCAACAAGCGACACCGUAUACGUCUGGAACGCACACAACCGCCGAUAAACCCAUGGUUCAACGACACGUGGCAUCCUUUGAUAUUCAACCAUUUACAUCCUUUACACCCAUGACCAUUCACGGACUCGAAAUUACACCCCUUCCUGUCUGGCACGGCGAGGAUUUGAUCAGUUACGGAUUUGCGUUUACACUCGGCAAAAACAAACAAGUCCUGUACAUUUCCGAUAUUUCUCGCAUGCCCGACGAUACACUCCAGUAUAUUCGUCAAAAGUAUCCAAACGUCGACGUGCUGAUUAUUGACUCCUUGAUGCCGGAAAAAUCACAUGCCGUACAUUUCAGUCUCCAACAGGCGCUCGUAGUGGCACGACAAGUGGGAGCAAAACAAACGUAUAUUGUCGGAAUCAACUGCGAUGCCUUUUCGUUGCAUGAUGACAUGAAUGCACAAUUACAACGGGAACAAGAUAUUCCGGUCCAGUUGGCACACGAUGGACAGAUCCUAGUGUUGGAAUGA